AGAAAAACCACCUGCGCGGUCACCGACUCGCCACUCGAGCUUGAACGUCGAGCAAGUGCUAGAGAAAAAGUUGCUCUCGUCGGCGCCCCCCGUCGCCAGCGCUACCAUCGACGAGACCUUUCGCCGACUCGACUUUUAUCGGUAUCUAGCAUCAUUACGGCUUGACGAUGCAUCACUGCAAGACACGGCGCGCGUGACCAUGAUGCUCCAGGAGACGCUGUAUGAAGCGUUUGGCGUCCUCGGUGCUGAUUGCAUUGUGAUCUACAUGGUGACCGACAUGUACUUGCACGUGCGCGCAGCUACGUCGCGGGACCUCCUUGAAACCAACCACAGCUUGGUCCAGAGUCUGCCGGGGGGACUCCUACUCCAACGGGGGGCUCCCGACGACCCCUCCCCCGUCUUUGUUCUCAACAUCCAGCGUCACGGUGCGUACAAUGUCGCUUCGGACGUGGACGGGCGUCUCGGCACGCGCACCCACAGCUACCUCGCGUACCCGAUCUUGGUCCGCGGCGUCCUGACGGCGGUCGUCGAGCUGCGCUGCUUCAACGAGCACUAUUUUUGCCCCGUGCUGCUGCCGCCGUUCAUUGCCGCGAUUGGCAACCUACUGCAAGGACGACGACGCAGUAGCAAUAAAGAAGCGAGUCCAUCGCCCGCGCUUCGCCCGAACGCGCUCCAAAUCACAAAGCUCGUCCAGGCCCCACCGCCACCAAGUGCAAACGCGGCAUUGACGCAGGCGCUGCGCGGCGUCGUCCAGCUCGUCGGCGCAGAGUCUGCGUGGGUUUUUCAGAUUACGACCGGCUCCGAGCGCAUUCUGCAGACAGCGACGAGCUCCGGAGACACGGAGGUCCGCCUCUUUCCACAACCAAAAGGCCCUACGUUUGCGCAGCUCACGUCACUCCUCUCGCGUGUCGGGUCUCUUGCCGCGCGCAGUGACCUCGCGCUGGUGCAAUCGCUCGUCAGUGACGCGGUAUUGUCGGCGGCCGUCGUCGCGAUCCCGUCCUUGACCGCCGACUACUACAGUGUGCUGUGUGUUUCAACGUCGGCGCCGUCCUUGGCGUGCGAGCCCAAUGUGUUCAAGCUCGUGCGCGCCAUCAUGGUCAGCGGGUGCGAGAUCGACAAGCUCACGUCGGAUGUUGGGUUGCUUCUGCACCAAAAGACGCUGCUCGUCAAGUUUCUCGAACUCAUCAACGAGGUGUGGAUGACGGCGGACGGCGGGCGCAAGAUGCAGCUCAUUUGUGCAGCCGGCACCGCCUUCUUUGCAACCAAGGACUUUCGCUUCUAUGUCUGCGACCGAGUACACCGCGAGCUCUGGAGCUUCAACGGCAGCGGCAUCUCGAGCGGCAAGCACGUUGCAUUCGGGGACGGUGUCGUCGGCGCGGUGGUCGAGACAAAGGCGACGCGGUGGUACCUUGAUGUCCGCGUCGAUGCUAUGGGCGUGGCGACCGAGUACGCCUCUGGCGCGGGCUCCCAUGCGUGUCUCGUGGUUCCGAUCUGCAAUGCCCGCGGCGACGUUAUCGCGGUGAGCCAAGCCUUGCACAAGACGUCGGCGACGACGCUGCACGCCGACCUGCGCCACGUGCAAGCGUACGACACGCCGUUCCUGCUUGUGUUUGCGUCGGCGAUGAGCCACAUCAUGGAGAAACAUCCUGCGCUGCUCAUGUUUGCCAAAGUCCACGCGGACCGGGAGCGCGUCUCGCGGCUCCACCACGAGCAUGCGAUGGCAAAGCAGCACGAACGCAUUCGGUCGCUCUUGGAGGCGAGCGGCCUCGAGACCAUCACAAUGAACGACAAGCUCGCGCGCGUCAAGCUCAGGGGCAGUGUCUCGAUGACCGCGUUGGCGCCACAAGCCACGCGGUUUCUCGUCCCGUCCCCCGACUUGCUCGAGAUCGACAUCAACGUGUUCGAAAAGACCUUUCUGGAGCUCAAGGCACUGGUCGUCGCCAUGUUUUCGAGCUACCGACUUCUCGAUACUUUUCGGAUCGAAGUCGUCACGUUCAAGACGUUCCUCGACGCCCUGCAACUCGGGUACGGGCCUUCCGACCGUCUUCCAACCAUUAGCGAGCUGGACGCGCUCGGUGUGCUCCUCGCCGCGCUCGGCCACGACCUCGGGCAUCCCGGCAACGACAAUGCGUUUGAAGUCGCCACGUCGUCCGAGCUCGCGAUCCGCUACAACGAUAUUUCGGUGCUCGAGUCCCACUCAAUUGCGCUUCUGUUUGGCCUCUUGCGCGACCCAAGCUGCCAAGUGCUUGAGGCCCUCGAUGCAUCCCAGUACGCGACGCUGCGCCAGUGCAUUAUUCAAUGCAUUCUCUACACAGACAUCAAGUACCACGCGGAGCUGGUGAGUGCCAUGACCGAGAAAGCCGACCCCAACUUGUACCUCAACUGGAUCCUACACACGAGCGACCUUGGCAGCGCGGCGCUUUCGCCGCCCACGACCUUUCUCUGGAUGGAACGGGUCUGCGCUGAAUUUGCCGACCAAGCCCGGCGCAUGCACGAUCUCGGAUUGCCGCCGCCACUGCAUUACGCCCACAUGGAGAACACGCAAAUGCGGGAUGUGCUGCAAGUCAACUUUCUGGACUUUGUCGUCUUGCCGCUCUGGACGCUCACGAGCCAGCUCGUACCGCAUGCCAAGCCCCUCUUAAACCAGAUCCAACGCAACCGAGACUUCUUCGCAGCGCGGAGCCGCGACGAGCUUGGCGACGCGCCACUAGCAAACCGGUAGAGCAAGGCGUCAUCGAAAACAUGUGUGCAAUGUAAUAGAGUCUGUUGACAGAGAUUUCUAUACCCAUCGGUCAA